AUGGGGCAAACUUGCAAUGGAUGUUAGUGUUAGCAUCGUUCCAAUGAGUCCAUUCAAGAAAUCAAUGUGAAAAAGAAACCCAAGAAGAAGGUAGAGAAGUAAGAGAAGCCUGAGAAAUAGGAACAUCGAUCCAAUGAGGAAAAACAAAUUGAAAAUAGUUAACAACAAAACACGAAAAUCUCAUAGGGAGAUGCAGCACUUAGAAUACAAAGGAAUUGGAAGAAGCAUAAGAAAUCGAAGGAAAUUAGAGUUGAAAAGGCUGGAGCACAUAUAAAGUAGUAAUACUUUCAAGAAGAGACUGCCAAUGCAUAACCUCCCCAGGAUCCAAAUAGAGUGAAAAACCCCCCUUAUAAAUUCCAUUCUGGAGCUAUAUAUGAAGGAGAAUGGAAAGAUAAAAAGAGAGAUGGAUUUGGUAUUCAAAAAUGGACGGAUGGAGCAAGGUAUGAGGGUUAAUGGGUGGAGAAUAAGGCGUGUGGACAGGGGAAGUUUUUUCAUGCUGAUGGAGAUCUUUUUGACGGAGAAUGGAGAGAUGAUAAAGCCAAUGGCUGGGGAAUCUAUAGUCAUUUUAAUGGUGCUAAGUAUGAAGGGGAAUGGAAGGACGAUUUGUAACAUGGCAAGGGAACGGAGACUUGGUAAGAUAAAUCGAAAUAUUGUGGAGAUUACGUUAAUGGAAAGAAGCAUGGCAAAGGGAGAUAUGAUUGGGCAGAUGGAUCUUACUAUGAUGGAGAAUGGAGAGAUAAUAAAAUCAAUGGGUUUGGAACAUACAAAUGGGCUGAUGGUCGAGGAUAUACUGGACAAUGGUUGGACAAUAAUAUGAAUGGAGUGGGAGUUUAUUAAUGGAAGGAUGGGAGAAAAUAUGAUGGGUAAUAUUUGAACGAUAAAAAACAUGGAUAAGGAACAUAUUAUUGGGCAGAUGGUAGAAAAUAUGAAGGAGGAUGGAGAAAUGGUAAAUAGCAUGGCACAUCUAAGUACUAUUUGAAUGAUGGAACAAUUAAGAUAGGGAUUUGGGAAGAUGGUAAAAGACUCAGAUGGUUAGAAGAUGCAUGA